UAUGAUCCACCGAAACACUAUCCAGCAGACUUUUCACAAUGAGUAACCUGAUCAAACACAAAAUUCAUCAGAACAAAUAGAGAUUCAUUAUUAUUUUUACAAGUGACGUGAACAACAUCUAUACCAUGACAAGGAUUUAUCCAAAACCAGUCGGCAGCAGACGUGCUCAGCUUAGAUAAACUCUGGCCUACAUUUCAUAAAUGUGCAUCUCUCCAUGCUUUCUUGGCCUUGGCAAUACCAUCUUCAAUAGAACAAAACUAACUUGGCAUUGCUAUGCUUUUUUUGAUAAACUCUGUGUUUUAUUUCUCAAAUGCCAACUUAACCUUUACAAUACCAACUACAUAAACUAAUUUGGAACUGCUAAACCGUAGAGAUGGUGAUAGCCAUUGCAAGAAUUCAAUUUCCAUGGAUAAGAGAUAAUGUGCUUUUGAAACCUCAAGUGGGUAUAGAUGGGAAAUUCUUGAGUAAGCGUAAAUUAGGACAUCAUUAUGUGGAUUUAUUGGGUAUGGGGCGUUCAGGGAUCGUGUCAAGCAAUCCAACAAUUGCAGUAAGGGGAUUUUCUCUGAGGGGCAAGGGAAAUGAGAUGCCUAAAAGGUUCAACGCGCUGUCAUCCCCAUUAGUUUCAUCAAUGGAAAGUGAAGGAACAAUUUCAACUUCAGCUCCUUUAAAUGAUCCCACCUUAGAAGGUCGUUUAGAGACGAUAAUUUUUAAUUGCCGUUUUCUCACAUUGAUGGCUGUUGUAGGGUCACUGUCUGGCUCUGUCUUGUGCUUCCUCAAGGGAGGAGCGUACGUGUUUGAAUCCUUCAGGGAAUGGUUUUGCUUUUGCUUGCGAAAUCGUGGCACGGGGAAAGUGAUUUUGCUGCUUGUUGAAGCUCUUGAUGUCUAUUUAAUGGGAACUGUCAUGCUCAUCUUUGGUAUGGGUCUUUAUGGGCUUUUCAUAAACAACUUAGAAGUCAUUGCUGAAAACUGCAAUGGGCAAGCUUCAGAGACUAUCUGUGGAUCUAGCCUUUUUGGCCUCUUCAAGCUGCAGGAAAGGCCAACAUGGUUAAAGACAAAUUCUCUUGAAGAGCUAAAGGCAAAGCUUGGACAUGUUAUAGUGAUGAUACUUCUUGUGGGGAUGUUUGAUAAGAGUAAGAAAAUCCCUAUAAAUUCUGCACUGGAUUUGGUGUGCUUCUCAGCAUCAAUUCUUUUUUCUUCCGGCUGUCUUUAUCUUCUUUCGAAGCUAAAAUCUGACCACUGAAAGAAAGUGGCUAUAACAUAUAUCACUUAUCAUUCCAUGCAAUUUAUGGCACCAUAAUCUAUGUUCACUAAUGAUUUUCUAAGCUUCCAACAAAUUGAACUCCAAAUUCCAUUUGCCCUGAAGCUGCCAGUGCUCAAGAAGUACAGACUGUAAAUCAUCAGAUACUUACUUUGCCAGAAAUGUUUCCAAGCAUUUAUAUUUGUAUUGCAGUAAAUAAUAAUGUCUAAAUCGUCAAAAUGUCAACAUAUCCAACAAAUAAGGAUAUGAUAUGAUGACAUUUGCUGAAUAUUUUGUCAUCGUGAACAUGAGAAUUUCAUUCUCAUUUUAGAAAUCUCAAGCUAAUAGUGUAACUUGUAAGAGUUAAAAUACAAAACUCCUUGACUUUUUUUUGACAAUUUGAAUAACUUCAAUGCAUUCUAUCUU